AUGGGAUUGUUAAGUUUGGCAAGCAAGGGUUGGGGUUUGGUUGAAUUGGAUUUAUCCAAUGUAAUGGAGUUGACGAAUGCUGGGGAGGCUGCUAUUGCAGAAGUUGAGAACUUGGAAAAGUUGUUGAUGGCAAGGUGCAAAUUGGUAUCAGAUAUUGGGAUUGGGUGCAUUGCUGUGGCAACUUGUUUGCUGUUACUGGCGCAGAAUCAUCAUGCAUCAGUUUUGAUAAUGAAAAAUGGAAAGCCAGAAUUCGGGAAGUGGAGGACCAAACUUUGUCCAAGAUAUGAUGAGAUGGAGACAAUAUUUGGCAAUGAUGCAGCAACUGGAAAUGCAAGCUACGCUACGCUAGAUACACAGAAUCAUGUGAACGGGCAAUUUUUGUACAUAUUGGAUGAAUAG